AUGUGGCUCCUUAGGACCUACCGCGCCGAGCUCGUGCAUUUCCCGAGGAAUUUCGAUGCCGAUGGGGGCUACGCCAUUCUCUCUCACACCUGGGAUCAGAAGGGAGAACAGACCUUUCAGGAGAUCCGAGGGUGCUGCCGACUCGCUGAGAAGCACGGCUUCCGAUGGGCCUGGGCCGACUCUUGCUGCAUUGACAAGACGAGCAGCAGCGAGCUCUCCGAAUCGAUCAACUCGAUGUUUCGCUGGUACUCCGAUGCCGAGGAAUGCUACGCUUACCUCGCGGACGUCCCGAGCGGCUCCGACCUCCACGCGCCCGAUUCCGCAUUCCGGAAGAGUCGAUGGCACACGCGGGGGUGGACGCUGCAGGAACUGAUCGCCUCUACCUCCGUCCCAUUCUAUUCAUGCGAUUGCGAGGAGUUAGGGAACAGAGCAGAUCUGGCGGAGCUUCUGCGGGAGAUCACCGGACUCCCUCGGGACAUCUUCACCAGGGCGGCAAGGCCUUCCCAGUACUCUGUCUGCGAGCGCAUGUGUUGGGCUUCUCAGCGGCAGACAACGCAGUUGGAGGAUGAAGCAUAUUGUCUGAUGGGUCUCUUUGACGUUAGCAUGCCAACGAACUAUGGCGGGGGAGAAAAGGCGUUCCUGCGACUUCAGUACAAAAUUAUGCGACGAGAUCCCGACCUAAGCCUGUUUGCCUGGGGAUACCGACUCCCGUGUGGGGACCUCAGCGGACAUGGGUUAGCUCUGUCUCCUAGCGAAGCUCCUGACAGUCGGAUUCGAUAUACCUUCUAG